ACGAUAGGACUAACUAAAUUUGUAUAAUUAAAUGUUUAGAUGAUUUUCUUUGUUUAAUGUUGAGUUUCAUUUUGAAACCUGGUUGUGAUUGUGGUUGGUAAUUGGUUUAGGGGUUUUUAGUAUGAAAUGUGUUCUUUGUGGUGAGAUUGAUGGAAUAAUUUUUGUUCUGUGAUAGUGAAAUAAAUGCAUUGAUAUGUUAGGACACAAGUACUGCAUACUGGGCAGGUUGUCAUCUGAAGUUGGAUGGAACUUAUUUGAUAUCAUCAGGGAGCUAGAAAAGAAGAGAAAGGACAAGGCACAAUUGGUUUAUGAGAGAAAGAAGCAUCUCAACAAUUUAAGGGUGAAAGCCGAGAAGGUUGCUGAAGACAAGCUCGGUUCCCAACUUGAUAUCCUUGCUCCAGAUACUGAGCAGUCUUAGUGUUUUUAAAUUUUUUUAUGCAACUUAUACCCAAUUGAAACUACCUUUUAGUUUUGCUUGUUAUUGGAUCAUCAUAUCAUAGAUAUGAUAUCUGAUAACUUUGGAAGUUGUUUUUAUUUAAAUGUGUUUUGUAGAUUUAUAAUAUUUUCAUGACAUAAACUAAAAGAGAAUAUGGACAAC